AUGUCAAGCAGCCAAAGAGCUGAAUGUUCUCAUGGUUUCUUCAAGCAAUACAUAUCAAGGAAAAAUUCGUUGAUGGAUUUCAUAAUAAGAUUUGAGAGGGCACUUUCUCAUCAACGUCAAAAAGAGUUAGUUGCUGAUCACGUAGAUGCAUUUGAAGUGGCUCAAUGUAUUCUACCGAUGCCAAUGAACAAACAAAUGGCUACCUUGUACACAAGGACAAUGUUUCAAAAGUUUGAGCAAGAACUAAUACAAAGUACAGCAUGUUUCCUAGAGCUGAAAACAGAGGAUGCUUCUAAAGUUGUCUUUAAUGUGAGCGAAAGGAAAAAUUGGGAAACAAGAGUGGCAGAAGUCGUAUAUGUCAAAGAUUCUGACCACGCAUCGUGUAGCUGCAAAAGAUUUGAAUUUGUUGGAAUUAUUUGCAAGCACAUCCUAGCAUUGUUCAGAAGGGACCAGAUUGAAUAUAUGCCCGAUAAAUACAUUUUGAAGAGGUGGAAGAAAACUGCGAAAUUUGGAUUGGUGUCAGAUGCAAAUGGCAACGAAAUUAAAGACUCUGCAGAUCCUGGUCUUUUAAUAAAGCGGAGUACAAUGUCCCGACUUGCUUCAGAUGUGGUUGAGGAUGCAUUAAUGUGUGAAGAAGGAUGUGAGCUACUGUCAGAGACUCUAAAAAGUUUGCAGGUGAAGUUGAAGUUGUUGAAGGAUGGACCAAGUAAUAACGAAGUUGGAGGGUCCAGCUCUCAAACACAAUAUAUGAAAGACCCUAAGAGAGUAAGGUGCAAUGGAGGGUCGAAACGAGUAACGGGAGCAAAGGAAAAGGCAAUGAAGCGAGGGAUUAGACACUGUCGGGAGUGUGGACACAUUGGUCAUGAUAGAAGACAAUGCCCAAGAAAUUUGAACACACCGACAUCACCGUCGAACAAUGACGAAUCAACUCCAAUAGAUCUUAGUGACCCAUUAUUUGACGAAUUUUACAGGAUGCACGGACCAACUCAAUGA